CCCGCCCGGCUGGCGGCUCGUUGCUGUGGCAACCGCAGUUUGCCGGGGCCUGCGCUCCAACAGCCGGGCCGGGCCUACCUGGGCGCGGGUGGCCGGGCAUGGAGUACACCGGCAGCUACUACCGAGGGGAGCGCGUCAACGGCAGGUUGGAGGGCAAGGGCUCUUACACCCUCCCAACAGAAACGAAGUAUGUAGGCGAAAUGAAAGACGGGAUGUUUCACGGCAAAGGUGUUUUGCACUUCCCUGGAGGAAGCAAAUAUGAAGGGACUUGGGAAAAUGGAAUAUCCAUAGAGGGGAAAUAUACUUUUGCAGAUGGACUGGAGUAUGAAGACAACAAAUGGCAUUAUUGUGAUGGCUAUGACAGAAGGUUUUAUACAGAAAUCUGCAGAGGCCUGAAGCCAGCAGGCAUUUCCCAGCUUACAAACCUGGAUCCUCCUCGGGUCAUCCCAGCAGGCUGCUAUGACUGUGGUGACGGCUUCUAUAACCCCAAAACCAGAGUGGUUGUUGAUUACCACCACCGGUUUCUGAGGAAUGCAGAAAAGCCUUGCAACACAGGCGAAAUCGCUUUGUGAUUCCCAGAGGAAACGUACAUGCCAAAUGGAAUUGCCGCUUGCGCUUUUCGUGUCCCCUCCCUGGAGCAAGCAGGAAGGCACACCCCACCCACAGCUGCCACCUGGCCUCUGCCCACCAUCUGCCCUCAAAGCUGACAUCUCCCUCUUCUGGGAAUCAGCAUCCUGAGCCACAGGAAGGGCUGGCAGGGCAGGGCAGGGCCUAUCCUGGGCCGUGAUGCAGGCAGCGGGAGCCACAAACGACACCUUGAAACUGGGACGGCUUUGCUUCAGAUGUCUAGAGACAGAAUGCCGAAGCAGUGACUGCAUCAGCUGGGACUUUGGUUGAGCCAGGCUAAAGCCCCACACAAAUUCAGCCAGCAGAGGAGCAGGGAGGGGAGUGUGACGCAGGCAGGGCUUUAUACAAAUCGGUGGCGCAACAAAAUUGGAAUCAUCUUCUUCUUUGGCGAUCACUCGUAGCCGAGUAAGAUUGUCUUCUAUAAACCCAGUUUAUGAGUUCUGGUUGCCAGAACUCAAAAAAGACCAUUGUAGAGCUGGACAAAAAAAGGGGGGCAACAAAAAUUAUCUAGGAACCGGAAGAGGAACUCGUCACGAUGACGAAAGGAAGCAACAUUUGAGGCUUGUGUACAAAGUCAUGCACAGGGUGGGGAAAAUGGACUGAGAGGUGCAUUUUGUCCCUCUCUCAGAUUACUAGAAACAAGCUGGAUAGAAUUCUAAGUGCUGGUGCU